AUGGAGAAUAAAAGUUAUAAAAAGUGCAGUAAAAAGUUAAAAUACCCUUUGAGUAACUCAAAAUCAGAAAUUGAGAGUGGGGUGAAAAUUCUCAGUAAUGUAAAACUAUGUCCACCGAUUGCUCUGCCUGUUUUGGAAAAUGAAGCCAAAGAUGAUUCUAAUGAUUCUGAUUAUGAAAUUUUUCCUAAUCCAAAAAGAAAACGAAUACAAAGAGAACCCAGUGCCGGAUUAGCCACGUAG